UAUAGUUUGUAUUGUUCGUUCACAAUUUGCACACACUUUUGUAGUAUUAAACAAAGAACAUAUAAUAAUAUGAAAUAUUUGUGUAAAUAUCUAUAAUCGCCUUGAAGCGCCGACAGUAAUUAUGAUUCUAAAUUCCCGCGAUGUCAAUACGUAGGUCAAACUAGUGACUGAUAACUGACACUGCUGUAGUGUGUAUUCCACAGACCUCAUCGGCAUGUUUAUUAUUCCCUGGGUUUUGAGUGUUUAGGUAGGUCAAGGUACUGUGUUUAAAUGUGUGAAGAUUAACUAUUAAAUUUAUUUACGAUAAAUAAAUGAUGUCUGUGCUGGAAAAGAAACAGUGUUAAUUCUGAAAGUGACAUAUGAACUCUCGUGGAGGUCAACGCCAACGGUCUGAACGCGCCCAAUUUUGGACCGCUCGAAAACAUAGCUCAAUUCAAUAAAAUAGUUAUAUAUGGUUAAUUAUUUCAUUUUAAAAAAUGUGUCACAGUUUUCUGCCGUGUGUUGUGUCAAUGGAAUGUCUCUUGCAGUUGUAAGAAAAUUCACCCCAGUUCCAUAUUUCAGAAUCAAAGGUUAUGGUGUUAUUUCAUAAUCAGACCCCCACGUUCUUGCUUGCUGUAGGUUGUUUGAGCGUAACGUUCUUCUCUGCAAUGGCGUGGAGAUCUCACGGAAAAAACAAUGCCGAUAUGGUCCGUAAUUUAAAAGCCAAUGGCAUUAUUAGAAGUUCAGGAGUGGAGAAUGUUAUGUUAAAGGUGGAUCGAGGAAAAUAUGCAAAGUACAACCCGUACAUGGAUGCUCCUCAAGGAAUUGGUUAUGGAGUUACAAUAAGUGCACCUCACAUGCAUGCACAUGCCUUGGAGUUGCUGAAAGAUCAUUUGACCGAGGGUGAACAUGCUCUAGAUGUUGGUUCUGGCUCAGGCUAUCUCACAGUGUGUAUGGCAUUGAUGGUUGGGGAAUCAGGUCGAGCUGUUGGCAUCGACCACAUCCCCGAACUAGUGGAGUGGUCCCGAGAGAACGUUGCAAAAGACCAGCCAUCAUUGUUGACAUCAGGUCGUGUGAAGCUCAUUGUUGGGGAUGGCCGUAAAGGAUACGAAGCUGAUGGUCCUUACAAUGCUAUUCACGUUGGUGCAGCUGCUCCAAAUCUUCCAGAGGCUUUGGUGGCACAGCUGAAACCUGGUGGUCGACUCGUGGUGCCCAUAGGACCAGAGGGAGGCUCACAGCAAUUAGAGCAAAUUGACAAGCUUCCUGACGGCACCGUGCGACGCACACCCCUUAUGGGAGUGGUGUACGUGCCCUUGACGGACAAGGAUCAUCAAUGGCCCAGCAGGCCCAAUGUUGAAGGACUUUGAAUCAAAAUUCAAACUGAGAAAUAAUGAAAAUGUACAAGGACUCUCUUCAUGUAAGGUGGCUAGUUUGGCUGUGAAUGAAAGAUUUAUCAUAGUUUCUGUAUUAUCUUGAAUAAAUCUUUUUCGUGUAUUGAGUGUUUACUGUUUGGCCAACAAUGAAAGAUUCGUAAUGGUUUUUGUAUUAUCUGGAAUAAAUCUUUUGGAACUAUUGAGUAUUUACUUUGAAGAGAAAUUGUUUGUUGAUAUGUUAAUAUAGUUUUAGAAAACAAAAGAAUUAUUGAUUUCUUUAUUAGUAAUUGUUUUUCGGGAUAAUUCUCUUCUAAACCAAAUGUAUGUAUACAUAAAAAUAGUCACAUGCAAUCGUCUGUUCUCUUUUUAUUUAAUGCAACUUUUUAUACUGAAAGGAGCCCACAUCAGUGGAAUCAAAAUUAGGCACGCAAAGAUUUUGUAUUACUGCCAAUGAUGAUUAUAAUAAUACAAAUGAUGUUUGGCUGUUCAAAGAAUUGGCUGAUCAGGGGAAUCAAACCCUGAUCUUCUGUAAUAUACCCAGUUGCUCCAGACUCAUUGAAAACUGAAAAUUGAAACUUCUGAAACAGUCAAAUCUUUGAACAGCAUUUAGGAGUUAAGAGCCCCUUGUACUGUUACAGUUGGCAUUUCAACACUUGACUACAGUCGAAAGCUUAGCAAUUGUGAAGGAAUGUUUCCCGUUACGCAACUGCCAACUACUGACCACCGGUGUACUGCAUAGCUUCUUAGCAAAUGAACGAGCUGUGAGCGCCGCGAAACAAAACCGCGAGUCGGGGCGCCGCGCCAUCGCGUGUGGAGUGCUGACGCUGGGCCUUCUGUGUCAGGUGCUGCGCGGCGUCUUGACUCUGUGUGUGUGAGAGAGAGAGAGUCCUCGCCCGCCCGCCCCCCUACCAUCGGCCGCUUGAGAGCCAACGCGAUGUCGACCACCACCACCACCACCACCAUCAACAUCGCGGCCAUCGCACAAGCCUCCUCACCACUGUAAUCUACGACGUCACGGCGUGUUAGGCAACGUGUUUCUUCUAUGUUUAAGCCUGUGUGACACACACGAGCGUUGGCGUUGAUGCGCGUCAGCUGGCGUCGACGUGCGUCGCUGCUUGAGCACACGAGUGGCUUAACGCGGGUUGCGGAUUAAC